AUGCAAAAUUUAAACAGGCGAAGUGACGCGACUUCCACUAUCAUGUUUACUACAAAACAUGACGAGAAUCGCCCAUAUCCGUUGAAAAAGAAUUUGUCAGAUUUCAGUUGCGCGGUCUUAACAUUUUCCGGUCAAACCUUAGAUGACACGAGACUAAUGCAUGAGCAUUGUAAAGCAAACAUACGUGAUUCACUCCGUGAAUACUAUCCUUUCAGUCAAGGGAUUCAUCAUAGAAACGAGGUCAGUAGUUAUGAAAAUGAACUGAUCGUCACUACGAAUAUCGGAUAUAUGAUGUUUUCUUCUCGGCGUGGUGUUCGCCGUCGAAUGUGUUUUCGCUAAUGUCUUGUUGCCUGUCCGGGUCCCGAUUCUGGUGCCCAUCGUGGUGUUGUUGUUGUUCUCGAGAAACUACCAGCACCCAAACUCAAACAACCCCACGCUCCAGUCCUCCAUCCUCCAUCAAUACAAUGGCUGGUGAGCAACCCCAAAUCCCCAGCUCCACUUUCUCCAACUCGGCAACCUACACUAUCAACUAAAUCCUCAAUACCCACCCCCACCCUUCCCCCGUGA